GAGCUUGCCCCCUAUGGGGUCAGAAAGUAUGAGGGAUUUGCGUCUAGCAGGGAUCCAACUGCACAAUUGGUUGGACCAAUGGCCUCGCACGGUAGUACUGAAUGAUAUAGUUUCGUAAUAAUGCCUCAGUCCUCGUUCAGCCGAAAUGGCAUGUGCCGAAUGAAUCGAGCUGAAACGGCAAGGGAAUACACGCCUGAGUGGUUUCUUAUUUUUGAGAAAACCCUGGCAAUGAGAGGCAAAUAUGUAGCGGGCGAACGCCAAAUUCUUUGCAAUGACAGUAACAACGAUAAGCUUUUUUCUUUUCUGCUCUGUGUGUAUCUGCUGUGGUACCAGAAUUGGUCAGAUAGGUCACAAAUGAAACCAGUCUCACUAGUAGUACUAGUACUAGAACGUUGGUGGCCCGGCUGAGGGAGCGUUAUCACCGGCCUCUGAGUGGGGAGAGAUAAGGGACAACAAAGUAACAAACGGGUAAUCGACAAACGAAAGGGAAAAAAAAAAAUCGUAAAGGAUAAAUAUAGCUAGGAAGGGAGACAUACAUACCAAAGGAAUGGCAGUGUAUUCUGUUUCCCCCUUUCUGCGAUUUAAAUCCCUCUUUGUUUUCUUCUUGGUUUGGCCCCUUUCUUAUAAACCAGUGUGCCGUCUUCUCCAAGGUACACCGCACGUGCAAUGGGCCUGAUACCGAAAAGGGCGGGUGUAAGUAAUGCUAAGCGGGAUUAUUGACCGGCGGUGAUGAGAGAGAGUAUCGUGCAGCCGACUAGAAAGCAGAAAAAUCGCUCGGAGAAUAACUAGGCGAUACUGAAAG